AUGGAUUCCGAUCAAGCCACUUCAACAAAAGCAAAGCUAGCAUCUGUUUCUUCGAGAGGAGGAAAACAACAAGCACGUUCAACAGAAAGACCUUGGCUAGGUGGCUUAUACUUUACCGAUAUCAUCUUUAUCGCAUUUACGUAUUCUGUUAACCUUUUGCGAACCCUUGGCUUGGCAGAAUUGGCAGAUGUUAUCUUCAAAGGCUUGGUGUAUGCAUUUACACGAUUACCGUUUGAAUUGUACAGGAGAUGGUCUUUGAUGAUUGACCAACUUUCACCGUUCCAUCAUCUGGUGAUCUUGUUGAGCAGAUUUGCGUGUGGAAACUUUCCUCAUCUUCUGCCGCGAGUCCUGUUUGCAGAAGAAACAAUCGGUCCAUUCGUCUAUUGGCGCACAGGAGGAGGCUCAAAUGCAAUGUCAAACAAUGCCCAAUCCAAAGAGGCAGAUGAGAAAUCAUUCCGUGCUUAUUUGUUAAGCAAAGAUGCAAGAUUACCGAUCGAAGUACAAAGAGCCAAUCUGGCAUCUAGACGAGCAACAACAUUACUUUAUUUGCACGGAGGUGGAUUCUCUUUGGGCAGUGUCGCAUUCUAUGCUGAAGCUCUUUUGAGACUCCGAGCAAAGAUUGCACUACUCGAAUCAGACGGUCCAGUAGAUGCAGAGAAUCCAGCAGCUGAAGCAAGAUGUGUUGCAGUCGAAUACGAUUUGAGCCCGGCAGCACGAUUCCCGCAACCUUUAUUGCAAUGUCUGCGUUGUUACGCUCAUCUGAUCGAAGUGGAAAAGAUUCAUCCAGAUAGCAUCUGUCUUUCGGGAGAUUCAGCUGGUGGCAAUUUGGCAAUGGCUAUGCUACUUUGUCUCGAUGGACAAAUGCGCGAUGAACCUCUUUUGGCAGAACGUGAUUGGAGUACAUUACCGAUGCCCGGAAAGGCUGUUUUGAUCAGUCCUUGGGUGGAUUUACCAAAUGCUUGGACAGAAGCAGUGGCCAAGUACGAUUGGGACUUUGUCGCGGGUGAAACUCUAUUGCACUUUGCACAAGUCUAUUCUGGAGUUUUGCCUUUGCCUAGGCGAGUGUAUGGACCAUUAGGAUUCAUGAACCCUUUCCGUGCUUUGUCUGCACUUUCGAGACCUUCUCGUAAGCUUGCUCGGGCUACUCAUGAGGCUUUGAAUGACCCACUAUUACCACGAUUACUAGGACUCAAUUUGAUCGGUACAGGUGUACAAAGUCAAAGUGAUACCGUUUCUCGAUAUGACUCCAUCACCGCUGCAACACGUACACGUCUUCACGCACGUCAAUUGCUCGACACACAUCCACUUUUGAGCCCUGCAAUUGGUGACUGGAGCAGAAUCAAGCUUAAGCAUGGUUGUUUGAUCACAUGGGGAGAACGUGAACGUAUGGCAGAAGAUAUUGAGUCAUGGGUAGAUUCAUUGGUCAAUCAAGCACAAGCAAUCGAGAAAGGUCCUGGUGGAGUACAUGCAUGGCCAUUUGUUUCCAUGUAUCUUGCCGGAUCGGAAGGAGAGCGUGAACGUGGAUUGGAUCUGAUGGCCAGAUUUGUU